UGCUGCGGGCGUGACCUUCAGGCCGGGCGGCGCCGCGCCUGCGCACUGGCCGGCAGUCUGUCCGAGAUGGCGGCGGGGUGGGCUCGGCUCUUCCGCAGGAGUUUCAGCGCCGCCCGCCCGUUGUCGGCGGCCGCCGGCGCCGAGGAGCACCAGGGCGCGCGCAUGUGGAAAAUCUUGACUUUUGUUGUUGCUGUUCCUGGUGUAUCUGUGUGUAUGUUGAACUGCUACUUGAAGGCACAGCAUCACACCCACGAGAAGAAAGAGUUUGUUCCUUAUGAACAUCUUCGCAUCAGGACCAAACCAUUCCCUUGGGGUGAUGGGAACCACACCUUCUUCCAUAACUCCCAUACUAAUCCUCUGCCCACUGGCUGGGAAGAUUGAAAUUUCUGGAGCAGAGAAGAAUGCCGCAGAAGUUAUGGAUCAUUUGUUCAAGCCUAAUUAUGUAAAUGAGUGCAUUUUUUUCCUAUAAUAAGGGCAGAAAUCAGAAUCGAGUGUUCACCUUUGUUGAGGUAACACCAUAAUAAAUAUGCUAUGGAAAGUCA